GCAUAUUUAUGCAGAUGUAAGACCCAGUCUAUUCAGUAAGGCUUACUCCUUAUAAAUUAAUUUAGGACUUAGCUUAAAGUCCUUGGUAAUCAUCCAUAUUCUAUAUCUUUCCAAGUUACUCGUGCGAAGGGACGUUGUGAGAUAUAGUGCAGAGAGUGACUCAUCCUAAAUCAACUUGAGACAAAUAUUUAAUCUCCCAGGUAGAUACUCCAGCUUUGGGGAAAAACAAAAGACUAGAAAUUCAAAGGCAAGACGCAUCCCACUCGCGACAGCAUCAGAAUUUUUAUUCCUAUGGAGACCGCUGUUCCUUAGCCUAAGCGCAAGCACAGCAUUUUUGUUCUCCUUCCGGUGCCGUCUCCCGUGACGCUUGUGAGCCAAUCAAGAGGGUGAGUUUGAAAGCCUGCGGAGAGAGCUCCCUGCGCGGGAGCGAGGUUUUUUCCCCCGAAUAUGGAAGACGUCGUGGCCAAAUACGUAUCUCAGAAAAUCAGUAAGACCCGCUGGCGGCCCCUAUCUGCCACUGCCUUGCAGCCUCCCGAGGUUUUCGCCACCGGUUCGUGGGACAAUGAGGAAAACAAGAUUUCCAUUUGGUCUGUUGGAGAUUUUGCAGGCUUGGUCCCAAAUGGUGAAUAUCACGGAGAACCACAUUUGCUUUGUGAUAUCCAACAUAGUGGUGAUGUUAUGGAUAUGCAGUUUUUGGAUCAGGAGAGAAUUGUUGCUGCUUCGUCUACUGGGAGUGUGGCCAUUUUCCGGCAUCAUCAAAAUAAUCAGACUCUUUCCAUAAGUCAGAAAUGGGAACAAGCACAUUAUUAUGAUCACUCCUGGGGAAGUGCAUCAUGCACUGGGAUCAUUUGCAAUAGCCCUGAAAUUUUUACUAUUGGCGAAGAUGGCAGGAUAAAUCUGUUCACCACUGACCAUAAGGAAGCUAUACGUACUAUAGAUAAUGCUGAUAGCAGUACACUCCAAGCAGUGACUCGACUUCGCACGACAGAGAUUCUGACAGUCAAUUCCAUUGGUCAGCUAAAAAUAUGGGACUUUAGACAGCAAGGAAAUGAACCUUCACAAAUAUUUUCAUUGACAGGGGAAAGAGUACCACUACAUUGUGUUGAUAGGCAUCCCAAUCAACAACAUAUUGUUGCUACAGGUAGUCAAGAUGGAAUGUUGAGUGUUUGGGAUGUAAGACAAGGCAGCAUGCCAGUUUCCUUACUAAAUGCUCAUGAAGCAGAAUUAUGGGAAGUACACUUUCAUCCUUCCAAUCCUGAUCAUUUGUUCACUUGUUCAGAAGAUGGAUCUCUGUGGCAUUGGGAUGCUUCCUCUGAUGUGACUGAAAGAAAAUCUUUUCUUCAUACAAGUGGAAGAAAUACUUCAUUUCUACCUCACUCUACAGUUAAUCAGUCUGUAAUAAGUGCAUGGUUGAGCAAUGAUCCUACUAAAGAUCGCAUGGAGAUUACAAAUUUAAUUUCAAAUCCAACUUUAUCUGUAAACAGUUUAGAUGUGUUAGGAUCAUGUCUUUUAUAUGGAACUGAUGCAGAAUCUAUUUAUGUUAAGAAGGACCUCUUUGUAUAAUUUUAUUUUUCCAAACACAAAUGCUGUUCUAUAAAUUGAGAAUUCAACUUCUAAGAACUGUAAUCUAUACCAUUCUGUAGAAUCAUGGUUAAACUAGGGUCAUUUUGGAGUACAACUGAACAUGGUUCAUGUUACACCUUAAGCAUUUUAACAGUACAUUUCCUUAGUUCUUCAACAGUAAUGCAUAUAUUGAAAAUAAUUUCCAUUUAUGCAUUGUUUAUUAAUAUUGAAAAAAUAAAGUAAUUAUUUCAACUAUUCUCCAAUACAGAUGAAUUAAUUGCUAGUUCUUUUGUACUCAUACUAAGUAUGGUAUUAAUAGACUGGCUUUUAAAGGUAUUUCCCUUGGGACUUUUUGUGACACUUAGCAAGACUGCAUUUUUAUUUGAAAGACUUUUCAUUGAUACUGGAAUAAACUGUUGGCAAAGCAAAACAAAAA